AUGGCAAGGUUGUCCGACUUGCUUCAAUUGCAAGAUUACAUAACAGAAGUAAAUAAAGAUAAUUCAUCAAAACUAACCUUGUGGAUGCUCUCUCUUAACUUUUCAGAAGAUGAACAGCUAUUUCUCGCUGAAGAAAUUGCAUUCAUAGGAAAAAUCCGGCCAAAUUCAUUAGAUUUAUACGCAAGCUUAAUAUUCAAUUUGUCUACAUCCGGUAAAUUCCCGUUUUUAAUGCAGUUUAUUGUCAAUAAUUUGUUAAUAACUCAGCAAUAUAUUUUUCUCCGAAAGCUUUUAAUCUGCGGAGCGCUUACUUUUGAUCAAAUAUCCAAUAAGAUACCUCAGGAGUACUCAUUAAUAUUCGCUCCCGAAUUUAAUCUUUUAGACAAUUACUCAGAAUAUGAAUCUGAUUUUGAAAUGGGAUUUCCGUUUGACUCUCUAGGAUUUGCAAUAAAAUACGAUCAUGUUGAUAAUAUGAUUUCACUUAUCAAAGAUUCAAACAUUAAUCAGUUGAAUGUUGAAUGGAGUAUCUUUGAGCCAAUUCAACUUAAUAAGCCAUUAGUUCCAUUGGCAGUUGCUGCCUUGUUCGGAGCUGAAAAAUGUUUCGACAAAUUAUUAAAAUUAAACGCAAAAAUUACAGACACAGUUGAUGAAUGCGCAAUUAUAGGCGGAAACUACUCAAUUAUUGAGAAGAUUAAUGCCAUAUCUCACUUAAAUCCAACAAUUAUUGAUUUAAUUCUUCAAUAUCGUAGAGGAAGACUUAUAGAUCAAUUAGGCCAACUUACGUUAUGCCAAUGCAUCAAAAAUAGAUGUUAUUCAGCUGCUACAUUAGCCUUUUCAUUAAAUGAGAACGCAAUCAAUGAACUUGAUGAAGAAGGAUUAGCUCCUCUUCAUUAUGCAGCUAAGAUCAAUUGUAUUGGUUUAGUUCGCUUCCUUAUUACAAAUGAAUGUCAAAUUAACAUAAAAACAAAAUUAAAUCAAACUGCAAUGCACUUUUCGUGCAGAAACUCCAACAAAACUAUCAUCUCAUUGUUGAUAUCAAAUGGAGCAUCAAUUAUUAUGCAAGAUAAUGAUGGAGAUACACCUUUACACAUUUUAUCCAAAUCUAACAAUGUCAAUCUAGUAAAAUUCAUUUGCGAAAACUAUGAAAAUAAAGGUGAACUCAAAGCUGCUGCAGAAAUGAAUAAUAAACUUGGACUUUCGCCCCUGAAUAUUGCAAAAGAGAAUAAGAACUUUGAGUUAUUUGGUAUCCUUUCUAUGUUGUAA